CGCUUAGGUUUGGCAUCACGUGAACGUUUUUUUCUAUCCUUCCAGACGUAAAUUAGCAAAUUCAUGAAUUGACUGAACUAAUAUUUGUUAAAUAGUUUUCGUGUAAACGUUCCAAGCGUUGGUUAAAUUUGACUGAUUUAUCAUUUAUUACUGCGAUUGGAAGUUUUUUUUAUCAUGGCAAAUAGUAUGCCACCAAACGAUCGCGUAACCGCAGAUAAAUCAGCGCGUAGCCCGAAGUGCGCGAGAUGUCGGAACCACGGUCUCGUCGUCCCGUUAAAGGGCCAUUCGGGCAAAUGUCAGUUCAGGCUGUGCGAGUGCUGGAAGUGUUCACUCAUUGCCGAGCGCACGAGAAUACUAGCAUCUCAAAGACGGGUUAAAACCGCUAAUGGAAACGGAUCACCGAUCGCAGAUCGUCCAGAACAUUCCACUAAAUCUGGCGGGAAACCGGUCUCGGCGACUAUUACGGUAACUAGCGAGGUGAACGAUGAUGAGAGCACUAUAAAAAUGUCCGAUCGCUGUCCUGACACUGAUGUUAAAACUUACGGUGAACUCCACGUGCCUGUAACAGGCCCGGUAAACGCAGAUUCUGCAGGCGCGAGCGCAGUUUACUGUGAACUAAAGGCACCGACUGGACUGAACCCUUCAGAUGGCGCUAACCGAGGUCCACCACCAUUUUCUGGAGAGAUGUUUGCAAUGCCUUUGCCCAUGUACCCGCAUUACCCAGACAGGUACUUGUACCCUGCCGUGCUGGUGACUCUGAGACCACCUGCACCAGGACUCUUUAGGGAACCUAUUGGGUUUCUUCCCUCACCACCAGUUGCCCCAUCUUAUCCCCUGCAGACUCACGAAUCUCAGUUCCAUGUGCCAUGUUACCAUCCAUACCCCAUAUAUCCAGUUCUAAGAGAUGAGAAUGGGCCAAGACCUCACUAUCACCUGCAAUCUCCAAUGUAUGAAGAGCAAGGAAUAUACAAAGAUCCUCCUGAACAAACAGAACCUACAGCAGAAAGUCAUGUUUGCAGUAUUCAGGAAGCAAAUGCUGUACCUGCUGAUGGGCUUUCAUCAAAGAAUACAGCAUGAGGUGACAAGAUCUUCAGAUCCAGAUGGCAGAGUUCUCCAUAUUUCAAAAAGCAGCUGUACAGGGUUCUUUACAGUCACGUUGUACCAGUUUUUUAAAAGAUACAAUUGUACGGUUUCAUUGUUUUACAUUAAAGUUAGUACUGAAUCUGUUAUAAUAUCAGUUUUGUAUCAGUCCAACUGGUUGGAAAAUGUUUAUUGUUGUUUAUCACCUUGCAUUCAGUUCAGGUUUUGUGGACAUGGCAACUUGAUCUUGGUUGAGGAUCCCAGCUUUUAAUAAUUAAACUGUUUAAACAA